AAAUGCCCCGCUCCUUCCUGGUGAAGAGUAAAAAGGCGCACAGUUACCACCGGCCCCGAACUUUAGAGGAUGACUACAGCAGGCUGGAUACAAUAUUAGCGCAUAUAUGCUCAGACGCAGAUAAGCUCCCAGAGGAUGCGGACAGCAUGGCGGUGGAUGGGUACGGCCUCUCGCCUGAUUCUCACCUAGUCGACGCUGGUGAUUUUUCGCCCAAGUCCCCUCUAAGCUGUGCGGGGAGUUUAUGCGGCCGCUCCCCGGACUAUGAGGAUUUCUGGAGGCCGCCAUCUCCUUCUGCAUCACCAGUUGAUUCUGAGAAAUCUCUGUCGCCUUUGGUGGAUGAAACCCAGCCCUUCACAGCCCCCUUCCGACCGUACGCCUGGAGCAGCUACCCGGGCCCGGAGCUGCGGCACCUGGUGCAGCAGAGCCUCCAUCCCGACAUGGAGCUUGACAGGGGGCCGCCGCUGGCCUUCAGCCACCCGGCCCUCUUCAGCGACAGGGCGCUAGGAGAGGAGGCUUAUAGCGACUACGGGAGGAACCCUGUCGGUCUGCUGUUUCCGGAGGGAGGGCUGCACGGAAAACCGCAUGUCAAAGCGCAGUCUGACCUACUCUGCUCUAGUCUCAUCCUCAACGGAGCCUUCAAGUGUGUCAAGUGCAGUAAGGUAUUUUCCACUCCUCAUGGUCUGGAAGUUCACGUCCGCAGAUCACACAGUGGGACCAGGCCAUUUGCGUGUGAGGUCUGCGGUAAAACUUUCGGACACUCAGUCAGCCUCGAACAGCAUAAAGCUGUGCAUUCACAGGAAAGAAGCUUUGACUGCAAAAUCUGUGGUAAAAGUUUCAAAAGGUCGUCCACUCUAUCGACGCACCUGCUCAUCCAUUCGGACACCAGGCCUUACCCUUGCCAGUACUGCGGGAAGAGGUUUCAUCAGAAAUCAGACAUGAAAAAGCACACCUUCAUCCACACAGGUGAGAAGCCGCACAAAUGCCAGGUGUGUGGGAAAGCUUUCAGCCAGAGCUCCAACCUCAUCACACACAGCAGGAAACACACGGGCUUCAAACCUUUCGGCUGCGACCUCUGCGGCAAAGGUUUCCAAAGAAAAGUGGAUCUGAGGAGACACAAAGAAACACAGCACGGACUGAAAUGAACUGCCCCAUAUAAAACAUAUCCACGGCAGAAAUACCCACGACACAUCUUUUAAUCCAGCAUUUUGUCUUAAAAUAUUAGGCUAUUUUUUUUCUUUGAACAAGUGAGAAAAACUCUCAGCGGGGUUAAGGUAUAUUUCACCUAUUUCUAAUGCAAGUUUACGUGGGUGAGGACAUUUCUUGGAUCUAGAGUCUCAUUUUCAUGAUAUGUGAUCCGCUUGUUUUGUUUUAUGAUAUUUAGGCUUAUUUAGCGCCCGACAGGUGAAACUGUGUUGGUAAGAGGUGAAAUCAGUCAAUCAAUUCCGUUGACAGAUUAUUUCACUUAAAGAAAAUUUUAACUCUAGCCUCUAUGAGAAUAAAAGUCUUAAGACGGAUGUUCUUGCAGACGCGAGCAACACUAAAGUUUUUAUGAAAAUCCAUAAAACCAGAAAUAAGCUGUGAAAUGUAAGACGUCCAGAAAUCAUACGCCUAUUUUUUAAAUGAAUUUGUCAUGUUUGUUUGUUGACUGAAUGCCUAAGACAUGUGUGAAGUGUAUGAGUCUCACUGAAUGGGUACUACACCCAAAAUAUUUAUACUCACUUAUAAUAACCGGAUCGGCAAUAGCCACCAUGAAAACACGAUGAAAAUCUGCGCCUUUCCAAAGAGGAAUGGCAUUUUGUUUUCAGUUGAGAGCCAUGCUGGCAAAACAGUCUCCAGACUGUGUGAUUUAAGAAACAUAAGGGUCGCCCAUACCCGAGGCUUAUUCUCGAAGCUGUUAUCUUCCA